ACUUAACAAAAACCUGAAAAAAUUAGAGAAGCGUGAAAAAAUUAGAGAACUUAAGAAGUCCUAUUGGAGAGGUGAUCGUCGAUUCAUCUUUCCAAAUCCAACUGCAAUUCAGCCAAUUUCACAACUCUCUAUAUUCCUCCACCUCUCUCUCUCUCUUUCUCUCUCCUCUUGCUUUUUUUUUUUUCUAAAUUUGGGAAUCUCUAGCGUUACACUUCUACACUAUUCUCUCUCUCCUUACUCAGGGUAUUUGAGGUGUGCGGUUUCGUAAUUUUAAAGCUAAGUAGGAAAAAAUGUUUUUCAAUGGUUAUCCAUACCAUGGAGGGUCAUUUGAGCAAUCCUAUCGAUGUUACCCAGCAUCCUUUAUUGAAAAGCCACAAAUUGAAAGUGGUGAUAAAAUUAUCAUGCCUCCUUCAGCCCUCGAUCGUUUAGCUUCUCUUCAUAUUGACUACCCAAUGCUUUUUGAGUUGCGAAAUGAUGGUGCAAAUCGAGUUUCUCACUGUGGUGUUCUGGAGUUCAUCGCUGAGGAAGGCAUGAUUUAUAUGCCAUAUUGGAUGAUGGAAAACAUGCUUUUGCAAGAGGGAGACAUUGUUAGGGUUAAGAGUGUGUCUCUGCCUAAGGGGACGUAUGUUAAACUGCAACCUCACACACAAGACUUCUUGGAUAUCUCCAAUCCAAAGGCAAUUUUGGAGACUACUUUGAGAAAUUAUUCCUGCUUGACUUCUGGAGACAGUAUCAUGGUGGCAUAUAAUAAUAAGAAGUAUUACAUUGACAUUAUUGAAACAAAGCCCUCUCAUGCAAUUAGUAUAAUCGAGACAGACUGUGAGGUAGACUUUGCCCCUCCUCUUGAUUACAAAGAGCCUGAAAGACCUGCGGUAUCUGCUCCUGGCAAGGCACCAGCUCAAGAUGAAGAAAUUCCAGUUGAAGAGCCAAAGUUUAACCCCUUUACUGGUGUUGGAAGGCGCUUGGAUGGAAAGCCUGCACAACAGGCACCUUCUCCUGCUUCUACGUCUGUAUCCAAAGAUAAGCAGCCUGCUGUUGCCUCUGGGGCUGGGAAGUCCACUGCAGGGUCUAGCUCACAGAGCACCAAUCGCCAAUCACAAGGAAAGCUUGUUUUUGGUUCCAACGCCAAUCGGCCUACUAAGGAGGCACCAAAGGAACCUGUUAAAGAAAAGAAACCAGAGGAGCCUCAAAAAGAAGAGCCAAAGUUCCAGCCUUUUCAAGGAAAGAAGUAUUCACUGAGGGGUUGAUCUACUGGUAUAAUUAUGUCACUUGUUGCAGUGUUGAUUCGGUUGAAAACACAAAAAUUGAACACUUUGGUUGUACCAUCAAAACGUUAGAGUAGGUUCUUGAUUUUGAGUUGGACCAAAAAACUAGUUACCUGUUAUAUAAGUUAUAGACUUUUGGUGCAUUUGCUCAAAUUUUCACCUGUCUACACGAAUCGAAAUUGCUCAAAUGUUUCCCCUAAAAUUUUUAAAGAUCCGAUUCUGUGACUUUUGUCUUUUGCUUUUUUUUAUCAAGUUUGUAUCUUUCACAUAGUUUCAUUUA